AACAUCGGGUCACUCUGUUCAUCCAGCAUCGCGCCUGUCUACGCGUCCCCGUUGUUCAUGUUCGACCUUGUCGUCGUCGGGGAAGGCGGUGGGCCCGAUGAAACCAACUUAUCAGGCUAUCUUUUGAAGCCCUCAGACAAGGACUGGAAGGACGGAAUAAUUGCUCUCGAAGCGGGUUCGGGUCUUGGUGCACUCCAAAAGCUCAUCAACAACGAUUCCCGUCUGUUCAACUCGACAUCGGCUCUCGAGGUCUACUCAUAUGUGCAUUGCUUCCUCGUCACCCACGCCCAUCUCGACCACGUAAAUGGGUUAGUGCUAUCUGCUGGCACGCUUUCCGGCCCCCGCAAACGUGUCUAUGCGUCGCGACAAACGCUUCAGGAUCUCGAAAGUGUUUUCGCCGAUCGAAUUUGGCCAAACCUGGCUUCGUGGGAUAAGGACGACGGAGACUAUAAGCUGCUCUACACGGUGAUUGGGACGCGGGACCUCUACGAGCAAAUUAUCCCUGGCGUCUCUGUGCGCUACUUUCCUGUCUCCCAUGGCCACAAUGAGCGAGGGGACUACGAUUCCGCUGCUUUCUUCAUUCGCCACAACCCCACUGGCCAUGAAUUUCUGUUUUUCGGCGACGUUGAACCCGAUCUGGUUUCCCGCUCUCCUAAGACUAUUAAUGUUUGGCGUGCUGCCGCUCCUAAAAUCCCUGCCACGCUUCAAACAAUAUUCAUCGAGUGCUCCUGGCCGUCCUCCCGCAGCGACGAUACGCUCUAUGGACACCUGAGUCCUGUCCACCUAGUUCAUGAACUUGAAACACUUGCGAGUGAGAUCGUCAAGGUGCGAAAUUCGACUCGUACCUCCUCAAGCCUCGUUCGGCCAAAACGGAAAAAGCAGCGUUUGGAUCCGGCGCCAGUCGAUUUGCGAGGAUCUUUGACUGGUCUGCGGGUAUUUGUGACCCAUUGCAAAGACACGCUCAAUGGUGCACCUGAUCGGCCCAACCAGACACUUAUAAUGGAAGAGAUAAAGGCCUUGUUGGAGCCAAAGGAAUUAGGAGUGGAAAUCAUCGCAGCCCGUCAAGGAAUGCGUGUCCAAAUCUGA